AUGGACAUGUUCCAGGAUGUAUUCCAGAAGGUGGAGAAGAUUGGAGAGGGUACCUAUGGAGUGGUGUAUAAAGCCAGGAACAAGCAGACCGGUCAGCUAGUUGCUCUGAAGAAGAUCCGUCUAGAUUCGGAGACAGAAGGCGUUCCCAGUACAGCAAUUAGAGAAAUCUCUCUGCUGAAAGAAUUGAAACAUCCAAACAUAGUAAGACUUCUUGAUGUGGUACACAGUCAGAAGAAGCUCUAUCUGGUUUUUGAAUACCUGAAUCAGGAUCUUAAAAAGUAUAUGGACUCAUCCCAUACAGGGGAUUUGCCCUUAAGUUUAGUCAAGAGCUAUCUUUACCAACUGCUACAAGGAGUGGGCUUCUGUCACUCCCACAGAGUUAUACACAGAGACCUGAAGCCUCAGAAUUUGCUUAUAAAUGAAAUGGGGGCCAUCAAAUUAGCAGAUUUUGGCUUAGCUAGAGCUUUUGGUGUUCCAUUACGUACUUAUACUCAUGAGGUUGUAACCUUAUGGUAUCGUGCUCCUGAAAUCUUGCUGGGUUGUAAAUACUAUUCAACAGCUGUGGAUAUCUGGAGUAUCGGCUGCAUAUUUGCAGAAAUGGUGACCAGAAAGGCCUUGUUUCCUGGGGAUUCUGAGAUUGACCAGCUCUUUUGGAUUUUCCGAACCCUUGGCACACCUACUGAAUCAGUAUGGCCAGGAGUGACUCAGCUUCCUGACUACAAAGGAAAUUUCCCCAAAUGGCCGAGGAAAGAUUUGAAGGCAAUAAUUCCAAACUUGGACCGAGAUGGACGAGACUUAUUGGCACAACUACUACUGUAUGAUCCUGACAGGCGCAUCUCAGCCAAAGCUGCUUUGGCUCACCGGUACUUCUGGCGGGCUCCACAAGAUGCCAAAGAGCAGUAA